AUGGCCACCGCCUCAUCGUCUGCCUUCGUUUCAGUACUGGUCAUAAUACUAGUGCUAGUACUGCCAACUGAUAUCUCGGCUACUUCUUUGGCUCAGGCCGAGGGCAACGGCAGCGACACGGAUCUCGCCGCGCUGCUGGCUUUCAAAGCCCAGCUCGCCGACCCUCACGGCAUCCUCUCGGGCAACUGGACCACGGGCACAUCAUUCUGCCACUGGGCCGGCAUCUCGUGCAGCCGUCGCAGUCAGCGUGUCACGGCGUUGCGUCUAGCGGGCGUGCCUCUCUACGGGUCCCUUGUGCCUCAGCUCGGUAACCUCUCAUUCCUCUCCUUCCUACAACUCACCGACACAAACCUCACCGGAUCGAUCCAAGAUGAGUUAGGAAGGCUGCGUCGCCUCAAGUUCCUUAACCUUGCCUCCAAUGCUCUGUCAGGCAGCAUCCCUCCUAGCAUAGGAAACCUCACAAGCCUUCAACUUCUUCUCCUACAAGGUAACCAUCUUUCUGGUUCAAUCCCGUUGGAGUUGCAAAACCUGCACAAUCUUGCCAGGGUAGGACUCUACCUGAAUUACCUCAGUGGUUCCAUACCGACCGAUCUGUUCAACAAUACUCCUUUGUUAACUUACCUGGACAUCGGCAACAACAGCCUGUCUGGACCAAUUCCACAUUGUAUUGCCUCUUUGCCAGUGCUCGAGUACCUUGACCUACAAGCCAAUCAUCUUGUUGGCAUGGUGCCCCCGCCCAUCUUUAACAUGUCUAGACUAUAUGCUAUCUUUCUUGGUGGCAACAACUUAAUUGGUUAUAUCCCUGGCAAUGGAAGUUUUAGCCUCCCAGCGCUACAAUAUUUUUCCAUCCAACAGAACAAGUUCACAGGCCAGAUUCCAGCGGCUUUCUCAUCUUGUCGCCAUCUCCGAGUUCUCGCUCUGCCUGAUAACUCUUUCGAGGGUGUUGUACCCACAUGGUUGAGAAAAUUGACUCAUCUUAGUUUCCUUUCCUUGGGAGGAAAUAACCUUUUUGGUACAAUCCCAGCUGUCCUUGCCAACCUCACUUUGCUAAAUAUCCUAGACCUCUACUCCAGUGGGCUGACAGGACCCAUUCCGGCAGAAUUAGGACGGCUGUCCCAACUGUCGGUGUUGCAUCUAUCGCAGAACAAACUAACAGGACACAUCCCUGCUUCUCUAGGUAACUUGUCUGAGCUAACUGUCCUAAUACUGGGCUCAAACAUGUUGGUUGGAUCGUUACCUCCAACAGUUGGUAACAUAAACUCUCUCAUAGAACUUGAUCUUUCAAGUAACCAUCUGCACGGGGAUCUCAGCUUCUUAUCCUUUUUUUCUAAUUUCAGAAUGCUCAAGUGGCUAGACAUCUCAUUGAAUAACUUCACCGGGGUUCUCCCUCCCUGUGUAGGGAAUCUAUCAAGUCAGCUACAAAUUUUCUUUGCGAAUGGGAACAAGUUAGUUGGCGAACUUCCCGCUACGAUUUCAAAUUUAACUGGUCUUGUUUUGCUAGAUCUCUCUGAAAACCAGCUGCAUGGUGCAAUUCCCGAACCAUUCAUUGCGUUGCAGAAUCUCCUAGUUCUUAACCUCAGAGAAAACAUCUUGUCUGGACCCAUCACAACACAUGUUGCAUUUCUAGAGAAUCUAGAACAAUUGGACCUCAGCCACAAUAAUUUCUCUGGGUCCAUACCAGAGGGCUUGGGCAACCUUACACACUUAGAACACUUGAUACUAUCUGGUAACCAGUUAUCAUCCACUAUACCACCAAGUCUAUUUCAUCUUGAUGGGCUCCUUGAGCUAGAUUUGUCUCAAAACCUUUUGAACGGCUCAUUACCAGUUGAUAUAGGCCAUCUGAAACAUAUUGACACCAUCGAUCUCUCUAUCAACCAUUUGGUUGGCAGUCUCCCAGAGUCGAUUGGACAACUUCAAAUGCUAACAUUCUUGAACCUAUCACACAAUUUAUUCAAUGAUUCAAUCCCAGAAUCUUUCGUCAAGUUAAUCAGCCUGCAAACUUUGGACCUGUCCCAUAACAGCAUUUCUGGAACCAUCCCCAAAUAUCUUGCCAACUUUACCACCCUGCAAAGCUUGAACCUCUCUUUCAAUAAUCUUCAUGGUCCCAUACCCGAAGGAGGUGUCUUCUCAAACAUUAGCAUGCAAUCUUUGAUGGGGAACUCACAGCUUUGCGGUGCUUCACGUUUCGGAUUUUUGAUGUGCCCAAGUAGCACCUCCCAAAGGAACAAUGGCCAUAUGCUGAAAGUAUUGUUCCCUAUUAUCAUCAUUGUUAUUGGAUCAAUAGCCUUUGGUGCUUACAUGGUGAUGAGAAAGAAAUUUAAGCAGCAACAAUUGGAGAUAGUUUCUGCUGGCACACUAGACUUGCAUCAGUUGAUCUCUUACCAUGAGCUCGUCUGUGCCACGGAUAAUUUUAGCAACAACAACUUGUUGGGGUUAGGAAGCUUCGGAAAAGUUUUUAAGGGCCAGCUACACAAUGGUGAGGUGGUUGCAAUAAAAGUUCUUGACAUGCUGUUGGAACCAGCCAUUAGAAGUUUUGAUGCUGAGUGUGGUGUGUUGCGCAUGGCGCGGCACCGCAACUUGAUAAGGAUACUCAACACCUGCACCAACCUGGACUUCAGGGCACUAGUGUUGCCGUACAUGCGAAAUGGCAACUUAGAAAUGCUCCUACAUGACUCUCAAGGCACAAAUCACUUGGGGUUCCUUGAGAGGCUACGUGUCAUGCUCGAUGUGUCCAUGGCAAUGGAAUAUCUACACCAUGAGAAUCAUGAGGUGGUCUUGCACUGCGAUCUAAAGCCGAGCAACGUGCUGUUUGAUGAGGACAUGACGGCCCAUGUAGCAGACUUUGGCAUCGCAAGAUUGUUACUAGGUGAUGAUAGCUUCAUGAUUAAUGCGAGCAUGCAAGGCACUGUUGGAUACAUGGCACCAGAGUACGGUUCCUUUGGAAAAGCAUCGAGAAAAAGCGACGUGUUCAGCUAUGGGAUCAUGCUUCUUGAAGUCUUCACUGGAAGGAGACCCACAGAUGCAUUUUUUGUCAGAGAUAUAAGUCUUAGGCAGUGGGUUGUUGAGGCAUUCCCUUCAGAGCUUGUCCGUGUUGUAGAUGACCAGCUACUGCAAGCCUCUACUAGCAUCAACUCAGAAGGCUUUCUUGUGCCGCUAUUCGAGCUGGGUUUGCUCUGCUCCAGCUACUCGCCCGACCAAAGGAUGACGAUGAGUGAUGUGGCCGUAAGGUUGAACAAAAUCAUGGUGGCGUGUACCGAAGCAAAGACAGCGGCACGGAGUACCGCCCCGUGAUGCAAUUGCCCUUGUUUGAUGCAAUUGCAGUGGCAUGGAGCACCGCCGUUUGAGUGAAUUAUCGCUACAAUAUUUCCAUCUAUGCAUGGAUAUGUAUGUUCUUCUGCAAUUUUUCGAUAAAAGGCACUUUAUUACUCAAAAGUUUCUAGCAUUACAAUU